GGCGGGGUAACCUUCCUAGGGAGUGGACGUACCCUAUAGUCGUCGUGAGACUCGUGGUCUUUGUUGGGAGGAUUUGUGACUUCUGAAAAUUGUUAGAAAAUUAUUAAAAAGUGCUGGAGUAAGAAGAAAGAACUGACAUAAAAAAGUGGAAUUAAUAAAAGAUAGAUCAGUGGGUAAACGAAUCAUGUUGACGAUGCAUUUGGACUUGCAAGUUUUGACCGAGAAUUAGAAAGCUUUCGAAAGAAUUACAAGGGAUAUGAAAGAAUGUGUUCAAGCAGUUAACAAGAAUGAGUGAAAAGUGGAGCGACAAUAACCCUCCAGGAAACUGAACAGCAAAUGACAUCUGGCAAUGUAAGAAGAACUGACAGAAUCAAAAGCACAGCGUCUUGUGAUAACGUGGCCCCCCCCUAAGGCCCCCUUCUUGUCGGCUGUCAUUUCUGUUCCGCCUCGUUGAACGCAAGAGUGGUGUCAGAGAACCUGCGCCGGAAGUCUCAGCAGCAUGUGGUGUCUCGUUGCUUGCAUCAUGGCCUGUCUUUGUCUUUCGUCUGCCGUGGAGUUAAAGCAGAUUUCAGUGCUGACUGUGACUGGUAUCAAAGGUGGGUCAGCGGCCUUACCCUGCGACGUGUCCCACCCACCAGAUGACACCAUUUUCCUUAUUCUCUGGUUUCGGGACAAUUUAACCACCCCUAUCUACAGAUUCGACGACAGGUCCCUAUCGAGGGGCGGCAAAAGCCACUGGUUCGACGAGGAUAAGCUGGGAAUGAGAGCUGUGCUCGACGUGACAGCCUCUUCUGCCCAUCUGCGGUUAUCGUCACUACAUCUGAGCGACCAGGGCUUCUACAAGUGUCGCGUCGACUUCAAGUUGCAGCCUACCAAAACCACCAGAGUCGUUCUAAACGUUGUUGUUCCGCCCGUUGGAGUGAGGGUAACAGUUGGUACACCUGGGUCGACGGCCCGCCCUGUCACUCGCGUUGUCGGCCCUUACCUGGAGGGUGGCAUAAUUAGCCUUAACUGUAUCUCCCAUGGAGGAACGCCUCAACCCAACAUAAUUUGGUACGAAGGCUCGACUAUCAUAGACCAGAUAAUGGAAUCAGAGGAACCCGAGGUAACUGAAAGCCCCGACGUGAAUUUCAACGCAUCUCAAAAUCUUUGGCCCGCGGAAACCACUCCAGUGACGUUGGUUACCUCAGGUCCUCCAGUCGACGCGGAAGCCUUUAAUACCCUAACCCUAGGUCCCUUAACGCGAGGGGAUCUGAAGAAACUCCUGACGUGCAGAGCAUCGAAUAACAAUAUUACUGCUGCUGUGUCUACUACCGUCAUAGUGGAAAUGAACUUGCCCCCACUGUCCGUGGUGGUCCGGCCCCCAGAGGAGCCACUGACGGCAGGGAAAGAAUAUCAUGUUAUUUGUGAAGUCCGAGGCACUAGACCUGCUCCGUCAAUAACCUGGUGGAAUGGGGAUAUGCGACUUCCCAAGGCAAUGCAUACGCAAAGCACUGGAGACGAGAAUGCUACCACCAGUAGUCUGGUUAUCAAGCCAACUGCUCUGGACGAUGGGUCUACCUUGAAGUGCGUUGCUGAAUCUCCCCAAACCAACACCACAUUAGAGGACUCUGCCACACUCGCCGUUUAUUACAUCCCCGUGGCGUCAGCGACCUUCGGCUCCUCCUUAGACUCGAGCAACAUCAAGGAAGGGGACGACGUGUACUUCGAGUGCGUCAUCAAGGCCAACCCGAAGGUGACUCAAGUCUCCUGGAAGCUGAACGAUGAACUUCUCGUGCACGAUGUUUCGGCCGGGGUCAUCGUUAGUAACCAGAGUCUCGUGUUACAAAGGGUGACCAGGUCCCAAGCCGGCCAGUACACUUGCCACGCUCAAAAUAUUCUGGGUUCUGGAAGCUCCAAUUCUCUACAGCUGGAUGUUAAAUACGCCCCCGUCUGCCUACCAGGACAAGUGACAACAUACGCCGUUGGACGUUAUGAGGACGCCGAGGUGACCUGCGAAGUUGAGGCCAACCCCCUGGAGGCAACCUUCCAGUGGACAUUUAACAAUACCGCAGACACCAUAGACGUCCCACAGGGGCGUUACACCUCUACAAACAGCCACAGCGUCAUAACGUACACACCCAUGACGUCCUUGGAUUACGGGACGCUCUUGUGCUGGGCCUCCAACGAGAUCGGGUCGCAGCAGGAGCCCUGCCUCUAUCAUAUCAUUCCUGCAGGCAAACCGGAACCUCCUGGAAACUGUACAGUAAUCCAGAGGACGAGGACGUCUGUCAGAAUUUCCUGUAUGCCAGGAAAUAGCGGAGGCCUCAAGCAGUCUUUCGUUUUGCAAGCACGACUCCAUAAUGGUAAACAUACCAUUAACGUCACUUCCGGGAGUCCAGUUUUUCAGGUGGAUGGGCUAAGGCCAAAACAAAGGUACAACCUGUACAUAACAGCUUUCAAUGAUAAAGGAACCAGUUCUCCAACUCUUCUCACGGUUUCCAGCGUUGGAACGGCAAACUUUAUCUAUCAACUGCAUGACGGUCCAUCAGAAGCUGAAGUGAGAGACGGAGGGAAAACUCCGGCGGGCAACGGAGCCACCUUCGGCUUCGGCAACAAAUACCUUGAGAACAUUUCACUGCCCAGCCUCAUCCCGGCCGCCCUCGGUGUUGGCGCCGGCCUCAUCCUGGUCAUCAUCGUCCUCAUUCUGCUCAUCGUCUUUCGCACCAGAAGGCCCAGGAAUCCCCCCUCGUGCUCCUCGCUCACGGGCUCCGAGCUCUCGAAGACCGGGAGCAAGUCGCCCAGUAUGACGCCGAAGCAGACGACCUCUUGCUCGGAGAGAGACCUUCAGGUGGAAUCUGAGAGCGACGCUGAGCCGGAUGUGAUUCCUCUGCAGGAGGGUUUCAGAGGAACUGAACCGGAUCCUUCGCUUCCAGCGGCAACCCUCCUUCCUCCUGACUGUUACCAGUAUCCUGCAUCAUCGACGACAUCUCUCAUACAUUCUAUGGUAAAUCCUCAUCACAUACGUGGAGACGUCCACGCAACUCCUCCUCCAACGUCGGCGUCGGUAACAGUGCCACUGCUGCAGGAAGGAUUCGCGGAGUCCUACAUCCCUCCUUCGUCCUCAACCUACGCCACUCAUCAGGACAUUCACCUUCGCCAUCAUCAUCCUACUCACUCCGACCCGCACAGUUCCCCGCGGGAUCACCAGCUAUCGAUGUCCUCGACGGUGGCAAGAGUCGCCCUUGAGGGACCCCAUCACACGCAUCAUCAUCACCCUCCUCUCCUGCCUCUCUCCCCUAAGAGCUACGAAAGGCGUGAUCCCCACAGUCACCCAUUCCCGGAUGUGGAAGGCGGAGGCUUGCCGCCCCCUUUGGAGUACCAGACACAGACGGCCAAAAGGAAAAGAGCAGCCUUCAGGAAAGAAGCCUCGCAGUCGAUGACGGGGGAGGAGGACACGCCCACCACGCCUCUCCUGAGUAAAAGGGAGAGCUCCGUAUGAUAUUCAGAUGUGGACGUUUGAUACGUCGCGUUUGAUAAGUGUUUUCCGACGCGUGUUCGGCCUUGGAACGCUGCUGCCCUCGCAGUGUUUCGUAAGACUUGUGGGAGCGUCAGGCGUCACGCUUUUCUCACAACGUUUUUAUACGGUUUGUAAUACUAGUUAUUUGAACAAAUACCUGAUUUGUAUAGUGACGAUUUUAAUAUGAGACAAUGAAACCGAAAGGCGAGCGAGAGCUCGCUUUCGAGAAAGUAGAAAACGAAUUUUACCAAAAUGCAUUUGCUAUGAGACUAAGAAGUGAAGAGUGAACAUAACCUUUUCCCAGUAAGUAAUAAAUGAUCGUAACAGACAAAGAAAAUGGAAAGCUACUAAGUACAUACUUUUUGUAGCAAAAUAAUGAGAAAAAAUAAUGUAGGAACAAAGUCCACUUGAGAGUUGUAUGUAAUUUGAAAUCAAAUGUAAUCACUUGUAAAUCUCAGUGGUGUCAUAUGAAACUAUACCUAUAACAAUCAAAUUUAUCGUAAAUGAAUAAACCUAUUUUUUGUCGUUAUCCUUACAGUAUAUUAUAUAUUAGUUGUCCUCCGUAUAAUCUUUGUAAAUAACUAAGUUAUUUUCAGUUGGGUUUCUUUAUUAUAAUCGGCGAUAAGGGGUAGGAAUUAAUGUUAUCAGCAUUGAAAAAUACUCGUAGUAUCGUGAAUCUUGAAAUGGAGAAACGAAUCCACAGUUGUGUAUAUUUAUUACACAUAUAUUUAAAGAUAAAUCUCUACAGAAAACUUUCGGGCAACUGUUUGAUUCCCCCACUCAAUCUCUUGAAAACGGGAAUCGAACAGUUUCCCGAAAAUUUUCAGUACAGAUUUAUCUUUAAAUCUAUGUAUUACACAUAACUGUGGAUUUGUUUCUGCAUUAUCCUUAUAAUCAUUCCACACUAAGUUUGAUGCAUUUAGUAUGGUUAUUUUCAGGUAACAAAAGUUUCAAAGCACCACCUGAGCCUUUGCAACGCAAACCCGCACGUCCAACUCCCCAAUAUGAGCAAAACAUCCAAAGAUAUCACAGUCCGAUCCAUUUAAAACCUCGAAAUGAAUCUCUAUCACUGUCAAUGUUAUGUUGAUUUAUAAUGCACCUGGGUUAGAAAUAUCCACUUGGGAAGUUUUAUAUAUAUAUAUAUAUA